AUGCGCCAAGACAAGAUAGAUUUAGAUGAAAGUAAAGAUAAGAUUAUAGAAACAUGCAGCCAGAAAGUAAUUUCACCAGUUGGAUUAAAAAGAAGGCUUUCAACAGAAGCAGAAGGAAAGAAUUCAAAUCAAAGACAAUUAGCAAGAAAAAAGAUUGAUGAAAGACUAUGUUUUUUCUGUGGACGUAGACUUAAGUUUUUCAAUACAUACAAUUGUAGAUGUGGUUAUAAUUUUUGCGUCAAACAUAGAUUCUAUGAUCAACAUUCAUGUUCGUUUGAUUAUAAGACUGAAGCAAAAGCAGUUCUUAAAUCUUCGAAUCCAAAAAUUACAGCAAAGAAAAUUGAAAGAUAA